GGGCAGCUACAAAUUCCCUGAAGCUGACAGAUCUAUCUUACUUACCCUCUUCUUUCUCUCUCCUUCUCUGUCUCUCUCUCAAUCUCUUCAUUUCGCAACACAAUCCAACCCUUUUUAAACUCUCCCAUUCGAAUUCUCGCACCAAAUCUUCUACACAUCUUCUCAUCUCAACUCAACUCAACUCAACAAUCUCUCAGAUCUCUCUAUCAAAAACAAAAACAAAAACAAAAUCAAAAACCCUAGUUCUAUAUACAUAUACACAGAAAAAAAAAGGUCUGAUGCCCAUAACAAUCUUCUCAAUAAGAUCUAACUCGUCACACACGGAUUACCCAACAAUUUAUUGUUAAUAUUUUUAAUCUGAUCGUGGGAAAAUUUUCGUGCCCUUUUAUUGUUUUUACAUUUUUUUGCCUAAAAUAAGAAUUUUGUGUGCGUAUAAAAUCUUCCAAGAUCUGGGUUCUUUUAAAGGCGGUUCUUUUGUGUAUUUUGUUACUUUUUAUAAGGAAGAAUGAGGGUUUUGGUGCUGAUUAUUGUGGAACAUGGUGGUUUCUGUUGGUGGACAGCUUUGUGUCUGUGGGGUGUGGCUGGUUUUGAGGCAUAGCAUAAAGAUUAAAGAGUGAGGUUCAAUUGGGUUGAUUAUUCAUGGCCGAUCAAGCAUUGGAAGCUAGCCAACCUGUGGAUUUAACAAAGCACCCUUCUGGGAUUGUGCCUACCCUUCAAAAUAUUGUGUCAACCGUCAAUUUGGACUGUAAAUUGGAGCUUAAAUCAAUUGCACUUCAAGCUCGUAAUGCAGAAUACAAUCCUAAGCGUUUUGCUGCUGUGAUUAUGAGGAUCAGGGAACCAAAAACUACUGCACUCAUUUUUGCAUCUGGCAAGAUGGUCUGUACUGGAGCUAAGAGUGAGCAACAGUCUAAAUUGGCUGCAAGGAAGUAUGCUAGAAUUAUCCAAAAGCUUGGUUUCCCUGCUAAAUUUAAGUAUGAACCAGAGCUGUUUCCAGGACUAAUAUAUCGCAUGAAACAACCCAAGAUAGUCUUGCUUAUAUUUGUCUCUGGAAAAAUUGUCCUGACAGGCGCCAAGGUUAGAGAUGAGACUUACACAGCCUUUGAGAACAUAUAUCCCGUGCUUACUGAGUUCAGGAAAAACCAACAAUGAUUACUGUCAAGAGAAGAAGCAAGGUUUUCUGGCAGAGAAGAUCACAGAGCGCCGGAGCUGUAAAUAUUAAGACAAGAGAUAUCUGUAAUCUGGAUUGAGAUAUACUAAGACAGUCGGUUUCUUUAGAAAAGGGGUCUUGCUGUAGUGAAGUGAAAAAAUUAAUAUAAAACUGUGUAUUGAAUUUGACACAAAAAAAAGAAAAAGAUUUUGAAGAGGCAGAGUAGAAAAAUGAAAAAGGAUUAGUGGAAGAGUUUGAUGGUAAACAAUCCUUCUGCUGUUUGCCAUCAUCCAAAAUUCUAAUCUUGUACGGUAUAGAGUCAAUAUGUUUUCUUAUACGACUGCUGAAUGUUUUGAACAAUGAAUCAAAACAUAAAGCUGUCGAAAUUACAUGAAUUUGAAGAAUUUUAUCUGCCUUUCCUAACUUCAAAAUGUUGGGGUUUAGAAGAACUGCAUAACGUGAUGUAGUUAGUGACUAGUAAGCAAGAUCUCUCUGCAUUACUGCAAUGUAAAUCA